UCUAUGUCCAGAAUGGCCUGCACUGAGGUCCCACAGCAGCCAGCACCACAGCAGCUGCAGCCCAUCUCUGCAGGAGCCACCACCACCAACGCUGCCGUCCUUGUCGGGGGUCAUCGUGGGUCCACGGAUCGUGACCUGGAGUGCCUGGUGUGCCGGGAACCCUACAGCUGUGCCCGACUUCCUAAGCUGCUGGGCUGCCAGCACUCCUUCUGUGCUGUCUGCCUGAAGCUUCUGCUGUGUGUGCAGGAUGACACCUGGUCCGUCACCUGCCCACUGUGCCGCAAGGCCACCACCGUCCCCGGGGGCCUCAUCUGCAGCCUGCGUGACCAGGAGGCCGUGGUGGGGCGGCUAGCUUGGCAAUGCUCAGAGGUACGGCUCUGUCCCCAGGGGCUAGUGAAUCCUGCCGCCCUGACAGCAGGGCACCCUGGCUUGGCAGGCGAGGAUGGGCAGGAUGUGGCAAGCGCCAACCGCGUGGCAGCCCGGCGCCUGGUGGCUCACCUGCUCCUACUGGUUUUGCUCAUCAUCCUCAUCCUGCCCUUCAUCUACCCCAGCAUCAUCCAGUGGACACUCACCGUCAUCAUUGCCCUGGCCUUGCUGAUGGCCACCCUCUUCUGCUGUCACUCCAGCAGCCAAGGAGGCUGCUGGCCCUCCCCCAGGACUCCCUUCUGCAGAGAGCAGAAACACAGCGAGAUCUCUUCUGUUGCCUGA